UGAGAUGGAUCCUAUUUUGUGAAUGUCCCCCACCUGUGGGUAAUGUUCAAAGCUCUCAGCCCUUGUGGGGUUUCAGUUCUCUUUCUGCAGCUUAUUGGGCUGAGAAGUUUCAUUACUGCAAUAAUUAGUGAUGGGAUAAGGGAGGCAGGAGACGAUCCAAGCAGGAGAAAGGGGGAAGACAUAGCGUAUGUGUCCCUAUUCCUCCCUAAUUCAAAGCAGAAAUUAGGAAAAUUAGAAGCUUCUCAGCUGUUUAAUUAAAGCAGCUUGGUGAAUGUUGUGCUAUGGUGACUGGAGGAAGCAAGCACUGUGCAAAUGCCCCCAUCUCUCCUGGAAAUUAAGGAUAUUUUCCCUUAUGGCCAAUGAUGACGGAGCAUUUUAAGCCCAAAGCUUCAUCCAGCCAAAUUCCACAAUGGAGACACCGAUCUGCAGGGAGAUUCCAGACAGCACAUUCUAUGUUUCCUUAAAUAGGGCUGAUAUUUCCCUCUGUCCCACAUGUGAUCCAUCUGAGCUCACACAGCCCGUAUAAAUCUACAAGGAUCUUGUUCUGCUGCCCGAAGGCAAAGAAGGAGGACUGCAAGAGAUUGGAGACCACACCACUAUGGCCUCUGCUGUUCCUGGAGCAAAGGAAAAGGGAGAUGAGGGCUCUCACCACCCCAUCCCAGAGCAUCAGAUGGGCAAUGGAUGCAGCAGCUCUGUGGGUCAUGGAGGUGGCAUCAGCCACCGAAACCAUCUCAGGAAAGGGAAUUUCCAUACAAAACUCCAUUUGGAGCACCUGGCAGAGAAGCUGAAGCUUUUGGGGCUGGAUGGAGACAAAGGGGAGAAGGAGAAAAUCUGCUCGUGGCGCAAGCGGACAUUCCUCUCCAAUGGACCACGGGAUGAUGGAGAUCCCAAUGGAGCCCCCAUAAAGGAGUCGGUGCAGGAGGAUGGGGAGCAGAUUUGCAGUUAUUUGGAGAACCUCAAGAAACACAAGGAGGAGCUCUUAGAACUCAAAAUGAAUGGGGAGAGGCGAUGCCAAGACUUUAUGACACGGACGGAGGCUGAGAGGCAGAAAAUCGUGUCAGGAUUCCGUCAGAUCCGCUGUUUUCUGAAGGAGAAGGAGGUGAUGCUCCUGGCACAGCUGGGAGAGCUGGACAGGGCUGUGCUGAGGAGGCAAGAGGAGGAGGAAGCCAAGGUGGAGGGGGACAUUUCUCUCCUCAGCAUCCUCAUCUGCGAGAUGGAGGAGAAACUCAAGCGACCCACACAUGGAUUCCUACAGGAUGCCAGAAGGACACUGGACAGGUGGGAGAUGGGCAGAACCCAAAGGAUGAUGGAGAACUUCAUAGACGUGGAACGGAGGCUCCAUAUCAUCUCCCAGCAACAUCAAAUCCUCUGUGAGGCAUUGGGGAGAUUUCAAGAUCUUUUAUCAUCUGAGCUGGAGAGGGAGGAGGGAACAUCUGAGGAAGAGGGAAAAGCAUUUGUCACCUUGGACCCCACCACUGCCACUGCAGGGCUCGUCCUGUCCCGGGACCGACGUGGGGUGAGAUGGAUGGAUAUAGGGCACAACGUGUCCCCUUGUCCCCAACGCUUCGAUGUCUCCUGCUGUGUGUUGGGCUGUCAAGGCUUCACCUCAGGGCAGCACUUUUGGGAUGUAGAAGUGAUAUCUGGUGGCACUUGGGCACUUGGGGUGGCACGCAGCUCUGUGCCCAGAAAGGGUUGGCUCACUUUCCACCCCGAUUAUGGGAUUUGGGCUAUGGGAUGCUGUAGGAACGGCUACCGAGCUUUCACAUCUCCCCCAUCCACCCUUCCAGUGAGUGGGAAUCCUAAUAGGAUUCGAGUGGUGUUGGAUUAUGGAGGGGGACGGGUGAUUUUCUACCUUGCUGCCCAAAAAGAUCCCAUAUAUGCCUUCCAAAAUGCUUCUUUCUAUGGGGAGAGCAUCUUCCCUUUCUUCUGGGUGGGGAGAGGAUCACACCUCCGCCUCUGCCCCUGAUAGAAGGAAAAGGGAGGGCUGAAUCUUUGGGGUGAGAAUCUCCAUCAGCUUGUCUGCAACGCAAUGGGGUCUUCCAAAGAUCUUUAGGGGUUUGUGCUCGUUGUGCCAUUGCUUUUAUGGCAUCCUAAGAUGGUCCUGUAUUGUAUUUAUGACGCUGUAAGAGGAUGGAACAAAAACAUUGUCACAAAUUAACAAGAAAAAGACCAAAAAAACAACAAAACAAAG